AUGGUAGAGAUAUUUAUGAAUGACUUCUCAAUUUUUGGGUCUUCAUUUGACGAGUAUUUGGAACACUUAAAUCCGAUAUUACAAAGAUGUAGGGAAACCAAUUUAAUAUUGAAUUGGGAGAAAUGUCACUUCAUGAUGCAGGAAGGAAUUGUACUUGGGCAUCAGGUCUCGACAAAAGGGAUUGAGGUGGACAAAGCAAAGAUUCAGGUUAUUGAGAAGUUACCACCGCCAACAUCAGUUAAAGGGGUUCACAACUUCUUAGGACAUGCUAAAUUCUACAGGAAAUUCAUUAAGGAUUUUUCAAAAAUCACCAAGCCUCUCUGCAACCUGUUAAUGAAAUACGUGCCCUUUGAAUUUAAUGAGGAAUGUUUGACAGCUUUUAACACUUUGGAAGAGAAACUCACGUCAGCAUUGGUGAUUGUAGCACCUGACUAUGAAUUGCCUUUUGAGUUAAUGUGUGAUGCCAGUGAUCAUACCGUAGUUGUAGUACUUGGACAGCGAAAGAACAAGAUCUUCCAUGUGGUCUAUUAUGCAAGUCGAACUUUGAAUGAUGCCCAGAUCAAAUACACAACCACUGAGAAUGAGCUCUUGGAGGUUGUCUAUGCCUUUGACAAAUUCAGAUCAUAUCUCGUGAGGUCUAAGGUCAUAGUCUACACAGACCACACAGCAUUGAAGUAUCUAAUGACAAAGAAGGAUGCUAAGCCGAGAUUAAUCCGUUGGGUAUUACUGCUAAGAAGCCCCAAGUAUGCAGACAUCGUCAACUAUUUGACUAAGUCAAUCCCACUACCAGAUUACUUGAGUCACCAGGAGAAGAAGUUCUUUGGCAAACUAGAAUAUUAUUUUUGGGAAAAUCCUAUUCUCUAUAGACAAGUGGUGGAUCAAAUUGUGAGAAGGUGUAUACCUGAAGGUGAAGUACCUAAGAUUCUUGAGCAUUUUCAUUCAUCUGCCUAUGCGGCUCACAUGGGAGCUUCAAAGACUGCCACAAAGAUCUUACAGUCAGGGUUUUAUUGGCCUACAGUGUUCAGAGAUGCCUUUGAAUUUGUUAAGAGAUAUGGCACACAGUGGGCAAUAAUCAGUGACGGGGACAAACACUUUUAUAAUCGCCAAUUCGAGCAUGUCUCCAUUAUGCCUAGUGUUUGGAAAAGCGUGCCACCUCCCAUUGGAGAUAGAACACCGGGCAUACUGGGCUACGCCAUUGAAAAGCGUUUAUUACAGCUCAAUGAGUUAGAUGAAUUCAGAAUGGAAGCAUACGAAAACUCAAAGUUUAUCAAAGAACACACCAAAAAGUGGCAUGAUCUACAUAUUCAGAGAUCAAGGUGGUUGGGUCCUUACGCUGUCACUAAAGUUCUGUCAUAUGGAGCUAUACAGUCAGUAAGUCAUCGAUCAUCAAUGCAUGAGGCUAAGCACUAUCCACAUGAGUCUCAAGGCAUUGAGCACGAGUUAAGAUUGGUAGAAUUUGUUGUUGGAAUGCCACCAAAAAGAACUUCUAAAGGAAAAGAUAAACAUCAUCUAAGAUGGCAUAUACUAAAGAGCUAUAUGGGGAUUUACGAAGAUUCCUGA